AUGAAACUUCCAGUAGUAUCAUUGUUGGAUUUUAUGAGAAUAACAAUUCAAUCAUGGAGUGCUAAACAUAGCGAAGAGGCUGGGCAAACCAAAACUGAUCUUACUGAACCAUACAAUAAAAUACUUGAAGAUAACCGUGAGAUAUCUCACCGUAUGACAGUAAGCCCAUCAACACAAUUCCUACAUACAAUAACUGAUGGAGCAAGACGUUUCACCGUGUGUCUACGAAGUAGAAAAUGUAGUUGUGGACGUUUUCAACUGGAUGAGAUACCAUGUGGUCAUGCUAUGGCUGCAAUUGCACACAGAAAUAAACAUGGAGAGGACUAUUGUUCUGAGUUCUACAGCAAUAAAAAUUUCCAAGACGCGUAUGCAAUUCCAGUUGAACCUCUUCCAUGUGAGAGUACAUGGGAAAUACCGUCUCAUGUGCUGGAUCAAAAAUUAUUACCACCAGAUUAUAAGAGAGGGCCAGGGAGACCACCAAUGGAACGCAAGAAGUCAUAUAGCGAAGGAAAAUUCAAGAGGGCCAAGGUAACAUGCAGCAUAUGUCGUCGCGAGGGGCACAAUAGGACGACAUGUGGUAGAUAUCCACCAGAUGCAUAG